UACCGUAGCGAGGGUCCGGAGACCGUAGCGCGUCGUCCUCCGAGGGCAACCUGGAAAGCACUUGAAUUGAUCCCUUUCCAAUCGCCGGGUGCGGCUUCGCUUCCUCCCACAGUUUCUGCCUGCCUGCCUCUCCCAACCCCCGAUCCCCUGCCGCAGUUAUCGCUUCCAACCUAGCUCAAUUCGCCAUUCCUAUCCUCUGAUUAAACCCUGACACCAGCCGCAAGAGUGCUUUUCACGAUCAGCGAGGAGGAAUGGGUGACGGAGCCAGCAGCAGCCGGAGCGGUCGAGGAGGAGUAAAGGAGAGAGCGAAGGAACGAGGGGGGAUCGGCGAGUCGGUGGUGAUUGAUCAUGGCAGGAGACGUAACUCUUGCGGAUACUGCAGAUCCACAUCCGCUUCCAGCGUCUCCCACGGUUUAUGGGCGAAUAGUUUAACUGCUGAGGACUACCAAGAGCUUCUUGACCAUGGUUGGAGGAGAUCUGGUUGCUUUCUUUACAAACCUGAGAUGGAUAGAACAUGUUGCCCAUCUUAUACAAUUCGUCUGAAACCCAAUAAUUUCUAUCCCUCUAAAGACCAAGAUCGUGUAUAUAAAAGAAUGCAAAGGUUCUUAGAUGGUGCUACAUCAAUGGAUAAAUAUGACAAUUUAAAACAAACAGCUAACUCUUGUAAGGGCUCGGUCAAGCUGGUCUGCAGAGAGUCCAUACCAGAAAUCACAGCAGUAUCAACAAAAGAAUCUGCAUCUAGUACAUGUGAAAAGCUGUCCAGUGAAUCUGUUAUUAUUCAUGCUUUGUCAGACAUUAUUGAUAAAGCUGUGAGCAUACUUUGCGGGAGUAUAUCUCUUCCUGUUGCUCAGUUUCCAAAGGUUAAUGUGAAGAAGGUUACAACCCAGGCCAAAAAAAAGCUGAUGAAUAUAUCAGAAGAUUUAGCAUACACUAGUAAUAUUGCAUUUCAAAUAGCUGCAACUAUUCGACGCUCUCAAGCUGCAGAUGCAAUAAAUAAAUCCCUGGAGCCAGAAUUACCAGAUAUCAAUCCAAGGACUAUUGCUGAAAAGCUUUCGGGUCUAGUUAUGCAACAAGAGGUACCUUCUGGGCUUUUAACAAAAGCUUGCAAUGGCCACCUAAAUUUCUACUCAACCACCAAACAGAUAAGCUCAGAAGCUAGUAAUCUGAAACAAAAGGCACAAGAACCUAGAGGCAGUCAAGGUAAUGCAAAAAGGAUCGCUACCUCAGAAAAUUGUAUAAUUAUGCCUCCGAAAAGAAGAAAGCUUGAAAUCCGGCUGAAAAGAUCUAGUUUUGAUCAGGAAGAAUAUGCUCUAUAUAGAAAAUAUCAGAUUGAAGUACAUGAUGAUAAGCCAGAAAAAGUUACAGUAAGCUCAUACAAACGAUUCCUGGUGGACACUCCUAUCAUUUUUUCUCCACCAAUUCGUGGUGACAAUUCUGUUGCACCUUGUGGAUUUGGGUCUUUCCAUCAACAAUAUUUGAUUGAUGGGAAACUUGUUGCAGUUGGUGUUGUGGACAUUCUUCCCCGAUGUUUGUCAAGCAAGUAUUUGUUUUGGGAUCCUGAUUUUGCCUUCUUAUCACUUGGAAAAUAUUCAGCUUUGCAGGAGAUAGAUUGGGUUAAGGAGACUCAAAACUGCUGCCCUAGCCUCCAGUAUUAUUAUCUAGGCUAUUACAUUCACUCCUGCAGCAAAAUGAGAUACAAAGCGGCAUAUCGUCCAUCUGAACUGCUUUGUCCUCUUCGCUACCAGUGGGUACCAUUUGAAAUUGCAAAACCUUUACUUGAGAGAAAACCUUAUGUUGUCCUAUCUGAUUAUCUGGUCGAGCAACAAUCUGCAAUGCUAUCCAAGCAUGCUAGAUCUGUCGAAAGAUUCGACACUGAUACUGCUGGUUGUGCUCAUAUAGAAGAUUCGUCUGAUGAAGACAACGAUGAAAUUGACUUCCGAUAUAAAGAUACAGAUAUGGAUAUAGGGGAUGAGUCAAGUUUCUUAGCCGAUGGUGCACCAGUGGCUGAUGGUUCUCCAAACUGUGAUGUUGGUGACAUUGUGCUUGCUGUGAAUGGUUUGCGUGUCAAGUUCAAGGACCUUGAGAAAGUUCUCGGCUGUGUUGAUAAGAAGGUCAUUUCAGGACUUGAAAAACAACUGAUGAGUUAUGUAAGAGUAGUUGGGACGGAGCUUGCUGGCCAUAUGGUAUACUGCCUCUGUUAAAUCUAUUUGCUGUAACCAAUGCCAUACUGCCUCUGUUAAAUCUAUUUGCUGUAACCAAUGCCAGACGUCAUUGUCUCAACUGUUUGCUCAAGGAACCUGAAAUCACGGAUCGCAUUUAUUUGACGUUGGAAUUGCUAUAAAUUAUGUCAUUUAAUGAUACUUGACAUUGUGUUUGGAUGACUAAUCUCACUCUUUAAUAUACUUUUUCAUAGAACUAAAA